ACUUUGUCAGGUUCAAAAUUUGUUGAUUGAUUUAUUUGAUUUAGUUUUUGAGUCGAGAAAUCAAAAUGUGCUUCAAAGACCCAAAAAAUAAUGCAUUGCUCGCCGGAGUAAGUGCGAUAUCAUUUGCAAUUAUCACCCUAGUUAUAGAAUUUUUAAGUGAACAAAAAGAUUGGUUCGUUUAUAAAAAUGAUUGGAAAAUUAAAGCUGAACUCGGAAUAUGGAUUCUGAUUUGUCUAGCCGCCGCUGCUCUUCUGCUGGGGGUGUUUUUGAAGAAUCGUUACAUUGUGCUGGUAUGGCUCGUCGUAGUUUUCGCGUGCGGAAUCGUUUUGAUCGUUUUUUACAUCGUAUUUAUAGGGAAAGCUACUGAACAUUCUUAUAUUAUAUCAGGAACACUGAGAUUUGUCGUCUUCAUACCUUUUUUUGUGAUUUGGACUUGGCUGCCACUGCUAUACUAUCGGGAGCUCUCUGGCGAUACCCUGUUCUGUAGAUAGAUAUCGUGAAUUUUGUAUUCAAUAAAUCUUGAGUUGUG